UUUCUCUAUCCGGGCUUUCUGGCGCUGCUCGUUUCUACUCUCUCAUUUCCGCUAGGCACCGGCCAGUUCAUCGCUGGCGAACUGAGCACACACGAACAAGUUACACAGUUGUUUAGUAAUUUCACAUGGUCACGCGACGAUCUCACUGUGGAGCAGGCGGCCAUUGUUACACAUUGGGUUACUAGUUACACCAAUAUAUUCAUCAAUCUCUCCAUCUAUAUUGUGUUCACCUUUUUCAUUUCCAUCAUCGCCUCCACCAUACCAGUGCCUUCGGGUAUUUUUAUACCCGUUUUCAAAAUUGGCGCCAGUUUGGGACGUCUCAUUGGCGAAAGUAUGCAUUUGUGGUUUCCGCACGGCGUGCGCUACGGCGGUCGUCUAUCGCCCAUCAUACCCGGCGGUUAUGCCGUUGUAGGUGCGGCAGCAUUUUCCGGCGCCGUGACGCAUACCGUUUCGGUAGCGGUAAUCAUUUUCGAGAUGACCGGCCAGAUAACACACGUUGUACCGGUGAUGAUCGCAGUGUUAAUAGCGAACGCCAUUGCAGCCCUUCUACAACCGUCCAUGUACGACAGUAUUAUAUUGAUUAAGAAACUGCCGUAUCUGCCCGAUCUGCUGCCAUCCAGUUCAGCGAUGUACAGCAUCUAUGUGGAGGAUUUUAUGGUACGAGAUGUGAAAUACAUCUGGCAUGGCAUUUCGUAUCAAAAACUCAAGGAGGUGCUGAAGGCGAACAAAACGCUCCGAUCUCUACCGCUGGUCGAUAGUCACGAGAAUAUGAUACUGCUCGGUUCCGUACAACGUUAUGAAUUGAUUAAAAUGAUUGAAAAACAUAUUGGACGUGAGAAACGCAUGGAGGUGGCACAAAAGUGGCAAAAGGAAGCGGAAGAACGCGCCCGCGAAGAAGAGAAGAAGAAACAAGAGGCUGAAUUGAAAAUACGUCGUCCUUCUCGCUUCGAAGUAUUACCCGCUCCCGACAUACUUAGUUUGCGGCAAAUUGCCAACGAUGAAAUGUUGCCGCCCAAACAACGCCAAGAAUCGCUCAAUAAUAAUUUGGCACCACGAAAAUCCAUUUUGAAAAAGACAAACUCCUUUAAUUUAAAAACAUUCGCACCUACCUCACCGCACAGCCCUAACAUUACCCCAUACACCACCAUCACGGGCACCGAGCAUCGCAUUCGUUCCGCCUUUGAGGCGAUCUUCCGUAAAUCGAAUACUCUGCAGGAUGUACACCCGGAUCCGGAUGCUGGCAGCAUAUCGCCGGCUGUGAGCGCCAAUGAGGUGCCGCAUGUACAGCGCGCGCCCAGCAUCUCGAAGAAAGUUCAAUUGGUAUGUAGAUUUUGAGGAAAUGCUUUUCCAAUAAUUCGGUACAAAAAUUUUGUGCACGCCACUAGUGUGGAAUGUGUUUUUUCAUGUUUGUUGCUUGUUAUUGCUGUUGGUUUUGUUUUGUUUUAUGUUCAUCAUUUGUGAUUUGUCGAUUUUGAAAUUUUGUUUCUGCAUGGAUUUAAACGAAGCUGUUUAAAUUAUAUUUGUCUGGUAUUUACUUUUUCUAUGCAAGCAAGCACAAAAUACUGUGGAGUCUACAGAACAAGAUCGAAAGGUAAAAAUUCUCACCAACUAAAUUUA